GGAAUCACGUAGCAUCUCUACGCUGAGCCGCUUUUAACUCGGAUGACGAUACCUAGUGUGUUUGUGUGAUGCUAUAGCGCACGUAAAUCCAACCCGAUGAAUACUUAACCAUCAAUCUAUAUACCUUCCCAUGGAACGUUAGACGCUCUAUAUGAGGCGGUUAUCAAAAGGCGGUUAUCAAAAGAAAGGAAGAAACAUGUGUGUACGUACGUUGGUCGGUACCGAAAGUAGCGAGCCGGUAGUGGUAUACAGUAAUCAGAACAAGCUCCAAAAAGCAAAAGAGAAGUACAUGAAGCUACACGAUGAUCUGGUCACUAAGGAAUUGGAGAUGCUCAAACAACGGAAGACUCAGACAGUCUUCAUACCAGAACUUGCUGAUGACAUCUUGAGGGCAAGCACCAUAAACUAUAGCUCACUUUUGAAAGCCUUGUCCAAUUACUAUGAAGCUAUACAACAAACUAAGAUUUUCAAAAUUCUAUUUUACACGACGCAACCGGCUCAUGUAAUUAUGAUCGCAGCAGUCCUAUGUGUGACAUCGGCUCUUGUACCAACUACUGACAGAAUACACGUUAGUCAUCCUCAAUCGAGAAUAACAGCCUUUAUUUACCUAGCUUCAUUCGUGAUGCAUCUUGGUGCGCAAAUUUGGAUGACUUUUGUAUCAGGUCUUACCUUGUACUUCGCAUUACCGAGACACACGUUUGGGGAAGUGCAGCGUAUCCUGUUUCCAAGAUACUUCACCAUUAAUGCAUGCCUUAGUCUCACUACACUUCUUAUUUUCGUCAAACAUCAUCCUAUACACACAUGGAACACUGAAAUAGCCAUUCAGGUAGGUGGUAUGUCCAGUGCCUUUUUUCUGGAGCUAUUGAUACGACUCUACUUGACUCCGCCUCUUCUACGGCUAAUAGUACAGAAGAAUACUCUGGAACGUGCUGUUGGUGUCGGCAACGAGAUUGGUGUUCACAAUCCUGGUCCUCUGAAACACUGCCCCCACUAUUUAAAGAUUCAUCAAGCCUUUAGACGCGUCCAUGUUUAUAUAGCAAUGGGAAACAUGUUGACUAUGGGAUGUACGGUGUUACAUCUCCAUUAUAUAGCUAGUAAAUUAUGCUUUAUUUAAAAACACCGUUAGUCCCCUAAGUAAUGAGUUUUACUGAAUAUAUCUGUAUUCAGAAUCUUUUGAAGAGUACUAGUACACUAGUACAUUAGCAAAGAAACGCUAAUAUGUACUGCUUUCAACGUCAUAUAGUGUUUGCCUCUCAAUACAGAAGAUAUUUAAUGAAAAUAUCCGAUACGUUCUUUGAAAGGAAAAGAGCAAUUCAUAAGGCUGAUGAAUAUGCUUGUAAAAGAACGAAUUGAGUAUUCUAAAACGCGUUUAGAAUUCUCUGCAUAUCCAAAAAGAUUGAAAAUACUGACUUUGAUCUAUAUCCCUGUAGAACGAGCGUUCAGUAAUUUAGGCAUUACAGUAAAAUGAAAAAUUUAUACUUUCUAGAAUUCUCCAAAAAAAAUAUGAUCUAUUAAUUUACUAUUAACGCGAUGCAUUAAUUAUAAUAAAAAUGUAACGAUACACGAAUGACGAUAAACGUAACUCUUUUACGUUUAACCAUCAGAUAAUUACUGUUUUGUCGUUGAUCACCUAAUCUCUUAUUUGUUCCUCUUUUUCUCCGGAAAAGAAGUGCAAUGUGCGUGUUUGUGGUUCGUACGUGUGCCUCCGAUUAAAAUGUAAGAGAAUCACUUGGCUAAGGAAUGAAUGAAUAAUGGAACUAGUGAAAAAAAACAAAAUAUACACUUUACAGUGA